UUUGCACUUAACAAAUACGUAGCUACAUAUCACUGUUUAUCACCAUAUUUCAAAAUACAUCUGGCUGAAUAUGAAAAGUGUUCGCGCUAAGAGUCGAGCGAUUCAAUCGAAUCGGUUCAACCGAAUCAUCAAUACGAUUCUCAUUCGCGAGUCACUAGUGCAGGAAGGCGAGAGUUAAAGCUGUUUGACCGCGCGUGCAGCUCUGAUUAUGAACUUAUAAUAUGAUUAAAGCUCUUUAUAAAGCGUUUGAGGUCAGGUGGAAAUCCUACAGGCAUAGAUUUGUCCCCUGGAUAGCGUUAAAUCUGCAGAAAAAUGAGAGAACUCUUCGUCAGGUGAAGGAUCGAUCGCGAGAUAAGUUAGUCGAGGACGAGGAGGUGCUCGGAUCUCUCGUGUGUUUAUUCACGGAACUCCUUAAAAACGACAUGAAGAAUCAAAGCGAGCUGCUCAGGUUCCUUCCUCAGGCGAAACGCGACAAGUACACUAAUGUUGAGGAUGAAACACGCGAUGCUCCCUCUGCAGUGAUGCUGAACGCUCUGGGCUUCCGGAUCGAGCGGAAGCGCAGCUCUCUGCAGUUGGCGGGAACCGGCGUGUUUGUUACGCGGGGACGCGCGCCGAAAGGAAGUAUUGUAGCGAUGUAUCCAGGAACCAUCUAUCAGGCGGACGAGCCCAUCUUCUUCCAGUCCAUCAGAAAUCCGUUUGUAUUUCGAUGCAUCGACGGCGUUUUGAUUGACGGCAGCGACAGAGCGAUCUCUAAGAUAGUGUACCGAUCGUGUAGCGGACGGGACAGACUCGGCCCCUUCCGUCUGGGUGACUGCUCCUGGCUGACCUCUGACCCCGUGAACCCUCUCGCCGUGGGACAGUACGUCAACAACUGUUCUAAUGAAAAAGCUGCGAAUGUCUGCUAUCAGGAGUACGACGUGCCUGAAGGGUUUCCUCUUGAGCUCCGUCAGUUCCUGCCCAACGUAAACUACAGAGCUGACGCUCAACGAUCUUUGCGCUGUGUGGUGCUUGUGUCACUGAGAGAUAUUAACUGUGGUGAAGAACUCUUCUCCAACUACUACACUAUUGUGCAUUGAAUAAUUUAUGUAUAUAUACACAGUACAGGUCAAAAGUUUGGAA